GUAGUUUGGUUAGAAGGGUAUUUUGCGCAUGUCCACAGCUGAUCCCAACUUUACCAUGCGGUAUUUGAGGGAUAUCCAACCGCCCUUCCCUUCCGCCAUUUCUUUUUCAGCUUCCCUUUUCCUCUCUAAUCUCUCUCUCUCUCUCUCUCUCUCUUCACCCGCAGUGUGAUCGAUCAGAACAUUAAAAGGCCUCGCACUCUAUGUCGUCCUCUCCCUCGCCGUCGUCCUCGCCUCCCUUGCAGGAUGUCCCCGUCAUCACCCUCGCUUGCCUUACCGUCGUCUGCUUCAGUCUCCCCUGCACCGCCCUUGCCUUCAUUGUUGGCUGCAUCAGCAUCGCCUCUGCCGCCUUCGACUAUUGUUUGGAGGUCUUUGGGUGGAGACGUCCGAGUGGGUUGUAUGUUAAAAAGGCAUUCGUUGGGUUUAGAGUUUUAGAUCUGGGCUCUUUCUUGCUUACUCUUUGUUUAGAUAUAGAUUAGUAGUGAUUUUCAAGACUAGUAGUUUGCAAAGGUAGUAGUGUUGUUUCUUCAGAUGUAAUAGUGUUCUCCUUGAGUAAUUUUUUUGGAGUUUGAAUCGGUAGCGAUUAUCAAGAUUAUUAGUGUUUUUUGUUUUUGUUUUGAAUAUAUGAUUUUCUUAUUUAGUGAAGAUCUGUUAUUCAGAAUUUUCGGGUGGGUGUACGAUUUUGGCUCCAAUCUCUUUUUUGUUUGUUUGAUCAGAGUUGUAUGGAGUUCUGUCUUUUCUAGAAAGCGCGUUAGUGUACUUCAGAUCUUAGUGUGUAGUGAUUCUGAAGGUUAGUACUGAUUCAUGAUUGUAUGCGGAGGUAUAGUAGUGUUUUUAAUUUCAGUAGUGAUUUUCAGUUCGGUUAGUAGUGUUUUUAAUUUGAGUAGUGAAAGUUCGUUAGUCUUGUUAGUAGUGAUUUUAAUUCUAUGUACUAAUAGUUCUAUUACUAGUUAUCACAGUCUAGUAGUGAUUUUCAGUUUUGGAAAAACAAUAUUUGUAGUCAUUUUGUACCAAACCUUUGUAGUAUAAGUUUCCCAGUAGUAGUCUUUUGCUGGACUUGCAGACCUCGUCGGCGUUAUACUUCAUUCAACAAUCAACGCACUCAAAAUAC